UACAACAAUUUUUUUGAUAACGUAGUUUCAUUGAAAAAAAUUGCUGAUGAAUAAUACGAAUGUACGUAUUUUUAUUAUCGAAUUCAGUCGCUCAAUAUUAUUGAAUGGAAAAAAUGGUGAAUAGAAAUUUCGCAGAACCUUCCAAUGCUGUAUCAACGGCUCGUCAAACCGCCUUAAACUUGGAAAAUGAUAAGAGGAAAUUGGAGGAAGAAUUGAGAGAAUGGCUCGCAAUCAUAGAGAAAAACAACACUGAUAUGAAUGAAGCAUUGGUUGAUGCUGAGGGAUAUCCGAGAGCUGAUAUAGACGUAUAUCAAGUUCGACAUGCGAGGCACAAAGUGAUUUGUAUUAGGAAUGAUCUGAAGAAAAUCAUGAUCGAAAUAGAAAAAUGUCUUCAUGCGAUUCACGCUGAAGGUAGUUUGUCAGUACAGAUGGAAAGUAUGGAUGUUGAAAUAACCUCGGAUACUCCUAUUGCAAGAGUGACUUCCAUAACAGCUGGUUCUCCAUCAGACGAAGCGGGACUACAAGUUGGCGAUCUGAUAACUAAUUUUGGUUCUGUAAAUAGCAGUAAUUUCAAUGGACUGGCUGACAUUUCCAAUAUUGUGAAGCAUUCAAUUAAUCAAAUUAUCAAGGUUAUUGUUCUUAGAGACGAAGUAACUGUUAAAGUGUACCUGAAACCGCAUCUUUGGUCCGGACAAGGAGUAUUGGGUUGUGUAAUUCUACCUUUCGAAAGCGUUGAAAGAUGAAAAACCACGCAGCUCUCGCAAAAACCAAUAUUUUCAACGAUUGAAAAUUCCAUUCAAGCAUUAUAUGGAAAGAUAUACUUAAGGUUUACUUAUUUUUGUUGAAUUAAUAAAACGUUGUAAUUUAAACAAAA